UUUCAACUAAUGAUUUGCUCUCCCCAGGUAGAAUAACAGCUCUCUUCACUUCAGUAUGUUUUCUUUUUCUCAGAAACUAUGAGUUGCAGUCUACAAAAAAGGGUUUCUUUCGGUACUGAUCUCCAGAACUGAAAGAACUAAUAUAGAACUUUCAAAGGCUGAGUCAGAGACAGAAUCAAAAUUGGAAGGCAUUCAGAACCUGAUUCAGCUAUUUGUUGAGUAUCACACUGAGUGGAGGCAGUUGGCUUCUGUUGUUGCUGGACAGUCAGGACUGUCGGUGGUGGCAUAAAAGGAGCCAGCGUAUGAAGUUUUUUUGAUGGUCCACAGCAUAUGAAGUUUUUCAGUAGCGACCAAAGAACUAAGAUCUUUUAUAAUGGCUUGUAGGAAUUGGCUCAAAUGGAAAGGGGUGUUUGUCAUAAGAGAAUGACCCUCGGAAAUUAGAGUUCGGUUCCCUUAUGCCAAGCGCCCCAGUAAAUCGCCCAUUUAAUGGCGCGAUCCAAUAUAACAUUUGACAUUAAUUAUAGAAUAUAUAAAUAUUUUAACAAAAUCAUACAAAAAAUAAGGAUAACAUUAGCAGUGGAUAGCACUGUAUAUCAACCCAACUACUGAAGAUGAAUCGCAGUGGAGAUAAAGUAUUUUUGCAAUAAUUGAAGUAAAAACGUUAACACAGGAUGUUCCUAGAAACAAACAUUAGCAUGGGGGAAAAUAGUGUUUCUAGGGCAGGUCCUCUUAUGCAGCCGUCUCUGAAAAUAAAUGGAUCUCCAGGGAUGAUCCAUAACAUAGCCUGGCUUAGCAUUUCUAGAGGUGGGUUGCAGUUCAAACUGAUCUUGAAAAAAUAUAUAGAUGCUUGUGAAAAAUCAUUUGCGUAGAACUUUCUGGCCAUUGUUCCAGGUAAAUAUGGUGUUGACUUUUCAAUUAGCAAGCCGUAUACGGUAUACCAGACCACAGGCUAGGUCAAAUCUGCCGUGUACCUUCUCUGCUUCCAAGUCAUGAAACAUUCUAACUACUACCAUUAUUCUUUUAGUCAUUGUUGCUUUCAAUUUUGGUAUCAAGCCAUGCAUGCUUUGGGCAGGAGCAGGACUGCAGUAUAUACUAAUACCAGCUUUAUUUGCAGUGAAAAUGUUUUCAACUAAGGCUCUAUGGUGUGAAAUGUGUAAGUCAUCAGACACUGUAAGCUUUCUACCUUUCCUUGUGAUAACGGUACGGUGUGUGUUCCCACCGAUGAUGACCUGCUUAUUAGCUAGGAAUAAGAUGGGUUGGUCUAUAUGAUGUUAACACAGUAUACGUACAGUCAGGGAGGUAGGUAGGACGACUCAUCACAGGUCAUCAUCAGUUCCUAUCCAAAUAAAUCCCUGGUUUAAUUGGUUUCACUUGACUUGGGGCACUUUUGAAUUCCAAGACAACUAGUGGACUCGAAAAUUCAUCCAGUCGAUUCAGAAAAAUGAUGAAAAUAUCUUUUCUUUUAAUACAGACCUCAUGUAGCAGAUUACCCAAUUUUGAAGCAAUUGAUGAUAACAAUGCUAUAUUGUAAGAGUAAUUGAUGGUCAAAGCAUAUUUGUUUCUAUACACUUGCACAAAUAUCCUAGUAUGCGAUUCCUCAAAAAAAAAAAAUCGUAGUAUGCCAGGCAAGGGCACCUCCAAGAAAGUAAGGAGGUUUCCAUUUAAAUUUCACAAGAGUCCUGCAUACCCCCUCAGCUCGGACCUCGGGGAAGAUGCUCAAGGCCAUGAUCCUCAUUUCGGUGCUGCUGCUCGCUGUUGCUUCUCUACCUCGGGCACAAUCACAAAAUGGCUCGCUGGCCGUAGGGCAGUCUUUGCAAGUUGGUCAAACACUUGUUUCAGCACAAGCUAUCUUUGUGUUGGGUUUCUUCACGAAUGGGGACAACACAUAUCUAGGAAUAUGGUACAAUUACAUAAAGCCUCAAACAGUCAUCUGGGUGGCAAACCGUGACAACCCAAUAAAAGGAGGCAAUGGAAGUCUUACCUUCAUCCAAAGUUCUCUUGUCCUUCUGGAUACAAGAAGAGGAAGCACCCCUGUAUGGUUUACUGACUCACUCAACACCAACAAUCCACAAGCCUUCCUUCUUGACUCUGGUAACCUCAUCAUCAACGACACCACCAUGUCUGGGAGUACUCCUGGUCGAGUACUAUGGCGAAGUUUUGAUCAUCCCUGUGACACAUUGUUGUCUGGCAUGAGAAUUGGGUACGACACGUCGGCAGCGAAUAAUGGCUUGUUGCAGCUUGUAUCAUGGAAGAGCGAAUCGGACCCGUCUCCUGGGGACUACACCAUCAGCAUGGAUCCGAAACGACUGCCUGGACUGUUCUUGUUCAAUGGCACUGAUUUGAAGUGCAGGACUGGUCCAUGGAACGGCCAGGGCUUCAACGGCCAGCCAUAUCUCAAGACGACGAACGAUGUGGCGUUCUACAUGACUGUGCACGAAGGCAGCGCUUAUUACUCGUUCAUGGCUUUGAACACAUCAGUCCAGUGGCGACUUGUCCUGACGCCAGAUGGCAUUGCCCAUCGCUGGUACAACAGCAACCCCAACAACGAGUGGGCUGAGUACUGGUACUGGCCUCAGUCUCAGUGUGAUUCCUAUGCGUUCUGCGGUCCGAAUGCCAUUUGCUCCAGUGCUGUCUGCCAAUGCCUGCCGGAGUUCCUCCCCAAGUCACCCAUCGAUUGGAACCAGAGGAACUUCGCUGGUGGCUGCGUGAGGAGCGUGUCACCGUUUUCUUGCUCGUCGGCGAAUGGGUUUAGCAGGAUCUCACUUGUCAAGGUCCCUGACACACAGAACGCCACCUUGGUUCAAGUCAAGAGCUUGGAUGACUGCAGGGAGCUGUGCUUAAGGAACUGCUCGUGCAAUGCUUACGCUUAUGCCCUGCCUGGAGAGGGCGACUGUGUCAUGUGGUCAGGUGAUCUGCUCGAUACUGUUCAGCUUACUUUAGGGACCAAUGAUCUGUACACUCGGAUUUCCCAUAAUGAUGAUCCGUCUCACACAGAUAGACAAACUGCUAUCAUUGUCUCUGUCUCUGUUGUUGGAGGGUUCCUGCUUAUUUCUGUAUUGCUAGGAUUUUGUUAUCGUCGAAGCCAACGAAAGCAUUUACCACUAGUACUUGAAUUGUUUGGAACAGAACAUGAGCGUGCACCAGGUUCUAAGCUUACAGCCCACCUUGAGCAGAGUUUAGAUCUGGAUGCUAUCAGAGUCGCCACCAACAAUUUUGCUGAACGAAAUAGUAUCAUUUCUACCCGAUCUAAGACCAUCUACAAGGGAACACUACCGAAUGUUGGUGAUUUGACAAUCAAAAGAGUAAACACGGAAGCGGGGCUUGAGGAGUUAAAAAAUGAGGUGAAAAUUCUUGCAAGGCUUCACCACCCGAACGUCAUAAGGAUGAUGGGAUCUUGCAUAGGGAAUAACGACAACUUAAUAUGCUAUGAAUAUAUGCCCGGUGGUAGCCUUGAUGCAGUUCUUUUCGCUGAAGAUGAGAAGUACGGAGUGCUCGACUGGCCUUCACGUCUUUGUAUCUUGCAAGGGAUCUGUGAAGGAUUGCUAUAUCUGCACGAGCAUUGCAGAAUCAUUCAUCGUGAUAUAGACCCCAGUAAUAUCCUACUCAGUGAUGACUUGAUCCCCAAAAUCUCAGACUUUGGUCUUGCAACGCUGCUUGAUCAAGGCCAAUCUGAAGGAAAGGCAGAGAGCUUUGAGGGAACACGGUCAUACAGCGCUCCUGAGUUGUUCCACCGCAAAUCGUACUCGGCGAAGUCCGAUGUGUACAGCUUCGGUGUAGUACUUCUGGAGAUUGUAACAGGCUGCAAAGCGGCAUCGUUUCGUAGAGAAGAUGCUGAUGACCUCCCUACAUAUGUUCGGCAACACUGGACUCAGGGAACUGCCGAGCAGUUGAAGGAUCCAAGAAUGGGUGAUGCUCCCAGAGGAGAGGUGUCCAGAUGCAUUCAUAUAGGCCUCCGUUGCGUUCAAGAUGAUCCAGACGUGAGGCCUACCAUGCCAUACAUCAGGAACACACUAGCAGCAAUUCGCUCUUAGUGUUGCGAUGGGAUGAUCACUUGUGCGAUACACACCAAUGUAUAUAUAUAUAUUAUUAUCUAUUGUUAUCACUGGUUCACUUUGGCUAUUAAUUAUACAUUCAUGCAUGAAAUAUAUAUGAAGGCUGAGGACAGAUUUAUUAACCCCUUUAUCUAAAA